AUGUCCUCGAGGUCAAGACAUCGUCGGCGACAAAUUCGAGAGUCGUCCUCAUCGGCAGAUCCAUCAUCUCGGAUCGUCAAACUGCUGAUAACAGUGUUGUCGCUGAAGACGGAUCGUGUGUCAUCUGAAGAACUUGAGGAGGCCAGGCUGAGCGAGUCCCUCGGUGGAGUCUCUGUAGCCUGGGGAUCUGACCAAAUCACUCCGGAGGAAGGGGAAGAACAGUCCCUCUGCCUGUCAAGGCUCGCCCAGUCAAGCAAGCUUGAAGUCGAGGAGAUUCUUGUGUCUGCAUCCAUGGGAUCUAAAGGCGAGACUGCAUCAGAGCGUGUUGAUUUCCGAGAGAGCUCGGUACUAGUGCUGUUGCAUGGACGAGGCUUCGUCCUCGCUGUCUCCCCCUUCUUCGCCCGCAUCGUUUUCUGUAUCGAUAUCGCCAUCUUCUUCAAGGUUGCCAUUGGAGCUACUCAUUGCUUAAUCCCGCAGACACCGGUCGAUUUCUCCGACGAAGUCGAACUCGUAGACAUAGAUAUCGUCAACAUCUAA